GUCCAAAAUUAGAUUAAAUUUUUUCUUUUACUUAUUUAAAAAAACAUACACUUUUAAAUAAAAAAAUAUUUAAAUUUGAUUAUAGAAUCCAAUUAUUUAUAUAAAAAACAUUUGCGAAUAUCUACUUUUAUAUUUGGUUCAGGAUUUAAUUUGUUAUUCAGCGCAACGUUAACAAAAUAAAAUGUCAAAAUCGAAGAGCAGCAGCCACACGAUCGAAGAAAGUCGAACAUACCGAUCGAGCAUAACUCCUCGCCGCGCCGUAGUGGUGAGGUCGGGAUCACCGACAUCUUUCCUUGGCAGUGGUGGAGGUGGUGGAUACACGCGUACCACCAGCACGUUUAAAAGUUUUGGGGGAGGUGCUGGAGGUGGACGUAUGUUGAGCCCAAGACGCUUUCCUCAAAGCGGUCUCUCGAAUACGAUGAUACAUACAGAAUCAGGGGACACAACCAUCGCCACUGUUGUGGCUUCGCGAGAAAAAGAAAAGAAGGAUUUACAAGACCUUAACGACCGCUUAGCCCAUUAUAUCGAAAACGUUCGCUUUCUCGAGGCCCAAAAUAAAAAACUUGCUGCUGACAUCGGACUUUACCGUGAAAAACUCGAACGUAUCUCCAAUAUGCUGAGAGGCAUGUUCGAGGCCGAACUCAACCAGGCCCGAAAAGUAACAGAUGAGAACAUUCGUGAAAGAGAAAGACUUGAAGAUAAACGCUCAAAAUUAGACGAUAAUUUACGCGACUGGAAAGACAAGUAUGGGGAAGUUUUUCAGCUAAGGGAAAAUGAUAAAACUCACCUAGUUGAUAUCGAAGUUGAAUUAGCUAUGAAAUUAGGGCAAAUGGAGGCUUUAACAAAAAAGCUGGAGGCCAUCGAAUGCGAUUUAAAUAGGUAUAAGAAGGAAAUACACCAACUCCAAGUUCAACUAGGCAAUGUUCAAAUGAACACUGAUGAAGAAAGAAUGCUUAGAGCAGAUUUAGACAGUAAGAUACAAGCUUUCGAAGAAGACCUUGUAUACCAAAAUCAAGUGCAUCAACAGGAAUUGAAAGAAUUGUUGGAUAAAUUUUUGAAAGAUGAUACUGAUCAAUACAGAAACAUUUUCCAUAACGAAUUAUCAGAUGCCCUUAAAGAGAUUAGAAUUGAAUAUGAUAAUAUGGCUCGCCAAAGACCGGAUGAUUCAUAUUAUCACACUAAAAUGCAAGAAAUUAUUGUGGUGGCAAACCGUAAAGCUCAAGAAGAAAUGACUGCCAAAGAAGACUCCAAAAAAGCUAGAGAUAAAGUCACUGAGCUUAAUAAGGAACUUUUAACUCUGAGAACAGAGAAUGGCCAUUUGUCAGAAAGGCUUAGAGAGCUAGAAACCAUGUUCCAGAGUGAUAGUCAACAUCAUAGGGAUAUUCUGCUUUCUAGAGACAGGUCUCUUGACGAAUUGAGAGCCAAGCUGGAAAGCCAGAUGGAAGAAUUAAGAGAGAUGCUUGACCACAAAUUAUCCCUUGAGAGGGAAAUUCAAGUCUACAGAAGAUUGUUAGAAGAGGAAGAAACUAGGAUUCGAGAGGCAACCGAUAAAGUAGCCGCUGUUCAACAAAUUAUCGAUGAGGUUAAUUUUGAUACUCUUUCUGGCAGAUCCUCUGGAGGUGGAAGAUACGGGGGUCAAGAAAGAUAUUACAGUAGUCGUAUGGUUCAAAAAGAAAGCACCACCAAAACGAAUGUUCAACGUAGUGCAAAGGGUAAUAUUGCUUUUACUGAAAUAGAUCCAGAAGGUAAAUACAUCAUCUUAGAAAAUGGAUCACGACUUAAAGAUCAAAAUUUAUCUGGAUGGUCAAUUAGGCGUAAAGUGGAUGAUGGACCGGAAAUAGUAUUCAACUUUCCUCCGAAUACUAUUUUGAGAUCAGGAAAAUCUUUAAAGAUCUGGUCUAAUAAUAGCAACGGUCAAAACAGACCACCUUCCGAGAUAGUAGCUUACACCGAUUUUGGGACUGGAAGCUUUGCUAACACCUAUUUGGUUUCGGAUACUUCGGAGGAAAAGGCAUCUUACACUCAAAGAAGUCUAUCUGCUAUAUAGAUUCCCAGAAAUAAUUAUUUACAUUUUAUUUUUCUUAUAUAUAUGUUUUAUAAAUUUGAUCUUCACAAAUUUGUCUCACUUUUAAAUAAUUCAAAUUAUAUUUUUUGGGGGGGUUUUAAUAUCGCUUAAACUUCAUUGGGCCUAUAUUGUUUUUAUCCUAUGAGUUGUAAAUUAUUUGCUCGCUCUUAAUUUAUAUUUUAAAAGUAUAAUAUUUGAAAUAACCUAUUUCCAUUUUUGAAAGCACUGUUAGCAAUUGAUAUAGCCUUAUUUUUCCGUAUAAAAUUAAAUUAUUACUAGAAAUACCCAAUUCGGUGGGAUAUAAUAGAUAUAUUUAGUUUUAUUGUUCCAUAUAUAACUUGAAUUAUAAAGAAAAUUAUUAUAAACAUUCCAUAUAUACAAAUAUAAAUACAAUAAACUAAUAAGCUUUUAUUAUAA